AUGUCCGAACUCGCUUUUUGCAAAUCCUUCUUGUCUGCACUUGACACUCGCCCUGUCAAGCUUCCAGCGGACUAUGUUUUUGAUCCGCAGACAGUGGGACUGCGCGUUCCUUACACCCUCCCCCGCCUACCACCCCCGCACCCUUCCAUGCCAAAGAAGAUCAGGCCCACAAUUGCCCCUGGCUCGUCCAAAUCAAUACGGGUUCAUCUGAAAUCUGCUCGGAAUCCUGUUUUGCAGUUCAGUCUCGACCAGACCCCGGUCUCUACCACAACUGUGGAAGACCUAAAACGAGCAGUCCAGGAGCGUGUGGUAUCUGAUACUCAGACCGGCGCCAAGGUUCCAUUAGACAAGAUCAAAGUUCUGUACAAGCGGAAACCAGUCACUGGAAAGACAAUUGCUGAAGUUCUAGCGGACGAGCCUGAUGUGCUCACUGGAGGCAGAGAGGUGGAAUUCGGGGUGAUGAUUAUGGGUGGCGCGACUGUCAUCGAUGAACAACCUCCAACACAAACAAAACAAAAGGAGAAUGAGCCACCUACCGGUCCAAUUCAACCAAAGCCUGCUGUCGGGCCCAGUGGAGAGGAGGUUUUGAAGACAGAAGCAUUCUGGGAUGAUCUCCAGGGUUUCUUGGCUCAGAGGAUCAAGGACGAGAAGGAAGCGGCUCGGUUGCGACAAGUCUUCCACACUGCUUGGGCAGGAACACAAUAG